UUUUUUUUCUCAUCCCUCCCUCUCCGUCCUUCGAGCUCUGGUAGGCUUACAAUGGUACGGCCAGCAUCUUGCAGCACAAUGGUUGCAAGGUGGUGAGCUGGGAGGGAAGAGUGAUUCAGCAUCAGCAAACCUCAGUUUCCGUCCAUCCCUGUUUUUUUUUUUUUUUUAGUUGGUUUUCUUUCUUCAUCGCUCCUUUGUCUUUAAGAAAAGAAAAAGGGGGGGAAAAAACGCCUUUUUCUCAUCCGCAUGAACGUGUUUGUUACGCCUCCAGCGAUGGUCACUGCACUGUUUCUCGUCGGGAUGUUUUGAAAGGGACUGGCUCCGGACUGGGAUCGUCAUCAGCUGGCACGGAAUGGUAUUUAUGAGCAGACAUUUCUUAUAUAACUGCAGCCAACCAGUCCUGGAUGUAAAGAUAGCCUUUUGUCAGGUGUGUGUUCCUUACAGGUAAAAAAGCAAGACUAACGCCACUACUGUGCUGUAUUUGACUCGCGCAGGGUUUUGGCAAACAAGUGGAUGUGUCAUAUAUUGCCAAACAUUACAACAUGAGCAAAAGCAAAGUGGACAACCAGUUCUACAGUGUGGAAGUGGGAGACUCCACCUUCACAGUUCUAAAGCGUUACCAGAAUUUAAAGCCCAUUGGUUCUGGAGCUCAGGGAAUUGUCUGUGCGGGCUAUGAUGCUGUCCUGGACAGGAAUGUUGCCAUAAAGAAACUGAGCAGACCCUUCCAGAACCAGACCCACGCCAAGAGGGCAUACCGGGAGUUGGUGCUCAUGAAAUGUGUCAAUCACAAAAAUAUAAUCAGUUUAUUAAAUGUCUUCACGCCACAGAAAUCAUUAGAGGAAUUCCAAGAUGUGUACCUCGUGAUGGAGCUCAUGGAUGCCAACUUGUGCCAGGUGAUUCAGAUGGAGCUUGACCACGAGAGAAUGUCCUAUCUGCUCUACCAGAUGCUAUGCGGAAUCAAACAUCUGCACUCAGCCGGCAUUAUUCACAGGGAUCUCAAACCAAGCAAUAUAGUGGUGAAGUCUGAUUGCACCCUGAAGAUCCUGGACUUCGGUCUGGCUAGAACCGCGGGCACUAGUUUCAUGAUGACCCCAUAUGUGGUGACGCGAUACUACAGAGCCCCAGAGGUCAUCCUGGGAAUGGGAUACAAAGAAAAUGUGGACAUUUGGUCGGUGGGGUGCAUCAUGGGAGAAAUGGUGCGUCACAAAAUCCUUUUCCCUGGCCGGGACUACAUUGACCAGUGGAACAAGGUGAUAGAGCAGCUGGGCACGCCCUCUCCAGAGUUCAUGAAGAAGCUGCAGCCCACGGUCAGGAACUACGUGGAGAACCGGCCAAAGUACGCGGGCCUCACCUUCCCCAAGCUCUUCCCCGACUGCCUUUUCCCUGCUGACUCUGAGCACAACAAACUCAAAGCAAGCCAGGCCAGGGACCUGCUGUCUAAGAUGCUGAUCAUCGACCCUGCUAAGCGGAUAUCGGUGGACGAGGCCUUACAGCACCCCUACAUCAACGUGUGGUACGAUCCAGCUGAGGUGGAGGCGCCUCCACCUCAGAUUUAUGACAAGCAGCUGGAUGAACGAGAACACUCGAUAGAUGAGUGGAAAGAACUAAUCUACAAAGAGGUGAUGAACUUUGAGGAAAGAACGAAGAAUGGCGUUGUGAAGGGACAGCCUUCACCUUCAGGUGCAGCCGUGAACAGCAGCGAGAGCCUCCCUCCCUCCUCCUCUAUCAACGACAUCUCCUCCAUGUCCACCGACCAGACCCUGGCUUCAGACACUGACAGCAGCCUGGAGACCUCCGCGGGACCCCUGGGGUGCUGCAGGUGACUAUCCGCCUGCCUGCGCAACCCCAUGUUCUUCCGGAGGUGAAGAACCCAACAGAUAUGACCGACAAAAUUGAAACAAUGAUAAAAAAAAAAAAAAAAAAAAAAAAAAAAAAAAUUCCCCAAAAAAAAAAA